GGCGUGCCUUCCUAUUUCAUUCAUAACACUUCUCUGUCCGUACUCAAUGCACUAAUACACAAUCGUGCAAGUACAAUGUAUACGUAUGCUCAUUCAACCAUACAGUAAGAGCUCUAGAAAACAAAUCUUUUUAAAAUGGAUUCCCAGCGAUGUAUAGGGAGAAAGUAAUAUGAACUAAACACGAAAGUACGAACCAGUGAUUGUUUCUGCCGUCUGGUGUGCGUGGUUUGGAGGGGUCGACAAGAUAUAAUACACGGUCAACGGUGGUACCCACACACCCCUUUAUCCACGGUGUUUCGGACUUACUAGUUUUGCGGUAUCUACAUUGUGUUUUAGUGCGGGAGAUUCCAGUGUUUUCUCUGUAUGGUCGUAAGAUAAAAGACCCCACACCUGUAGGUCUUUAAAGCUGCAUGCCGUUAAAUCUUUUGUCAGUACAAAAUGACGAAACUAAUAAGGAUUGUUGCAAGAUGCGUGCCAGUAAAACAGGUUUGCAGAGAGCUCCCCACAUGACGUCGAGAUGGAUUGGGGUACGAGUAUCACCAGAAACUUUCUGCUAAGCCGUUCCAGGAAAGUGUUCCUCGUGUUUGUUCUUGGAUUGGUUGCUCUGAUACCACUCCUUAUAUACCGUGACAUUGGUAACCGAUCAGUCCAGAGAAAUGUCGACCAAGUGCACAUUUUCGCCAAACCAGAGGAUCAUGAUACGGGACAAGCUGGUCAAUCAAACACCACAACCGCAAUGACAAAGACAACUCGACCUGUGCCAGAACUCGACCUCGGUAGACCUCCGAGCCAUCUCACCAACGUGAGUGAAAUGACCGACCUCGACGCCAUGUUCGAACGAAUGGUGAUCGUGACCGCCGUGUCAGACAACCACGUGAAAGAAGCCAUGGGUAUGAUCGCGUCUGCACAACAGUACAUGCCGAACACGCCGAUCUAUCUGUACGACUUGGGCUUGAAGAACGAAACUUACAAAAAGUUAAGCAUAAUGUGUAAUGUAAAAAUACGCGGGUUCGACUUCAACAAGUACCCACCCCACGUACGGACCGUACACACGUACACGUGGAAAAUCAUCAUCAUACGCGAGGCUUUGAAAGAGUUUGGCGUCAUCUUUUACGGAGACUCGUCAGUCCGCUUUAAGGGUAACCUACGGACCCUCUUCCCGCUCCUUCGCCACAACCACGGCUUCAUGUUUCACAUUCACAGCUUCGACCCCAAACUCCCCAAGAAAAUAAAGCACCAAUAUUACUUCACAAACGCCAAAAUGUAUUCUGAGUUAGGCGUGGAUAGAGUGGAGUACUUCAACGCUAAGCAAGCCGCACCCCACAUCUCGGCUGGGCGAGUUCUCAUCGCGAAUAACUCGAUGAUUUGGGAGAAAGUCUUCGAUCCUUGGCUUGAAUGUGGCAUGAAGAAUAAAUGUAUCGCGCCGGCAGGAUCCAAGUAUGGAAUACAUCGUUAUGAUGCUUCGGCGUUGGCCAUUAUCGUCUAUAAAAAUCUCAGGUACAUGUGGACUGAGGAGAACAAUAAUUCUGAGGAGUUCGACACCAUUGUUGAAAUAGUACGAGGAAAAAGUGAUGCGAACGUUAAAUAUUGUCCGAAAAAUGCCCCACACUGAAAAUUGUUAUUUGGCUUCUACUACUGUGUGUUUUGUUCUUACUCGGGACUUAUAUUAACAAUAACAACAAUAGAAGCGUGCAUAUCCGUCACCCAUGUGACGCUCUAUGCGCUUCAAUUACAGUGUAGGCCUACUUUCCUGUAAGGUAUGUUGGACUACGUUAUGUAAUGCUCAUGUCCGUCACUCAGUGACGCUCAAUGCGCUUCAAUUACAGUGUAUGCCUACUUUUCUGUAAGGUAUGUUGGACUACGUUAUGUAAUGCUCAUGUCCGUCACUCAGUGACGCUCAAUGCGCUUCAAUUACAGUGUAGGCCUACUUUUCUGUAAGGUAUGUUGGACUACGUUAUGUAAUGCUCAUGUCCGUCACUCAGUGACGCUCAAUGCGCUUUAAAGGCAGUGGACACAAUUGGUAAUUGUCAAAAGACUAGC